AAGAGUGAGGUUAUGUGUUUGAAAAACGAAAAUUGUCAAAAUAAUGUCAACUCGUAUUUUGAUUUCUUUCGCGAAAUUCCCAAAAAACAGUGCUAUAAUACCUAAACCAAUUAAUUUACGUAAUUAUUCCAGGAAAGUAACCAAUACGAACGAGCAAUACAAAGUUGUCCAGGGACGACGUCCGGAAACUGAAUCAAAUUUAGUAUGGCGUGAUCCUAGUUUCGAGCUGCUGGCCUCCAGUGGCUUCCCACUGUUCCUCAGAGGCAACAUCGGGCUUGCCUGGUACGACAUUCAGACAACGAUAAAAACCCAACAUGACAUUUUCAUGGAACAGAUUGAUGAUUCUGGAGAACAUUUGGACGGAGACAUGAUCCUGAGGGUGCAAACUUGUCCGAAGGUCUUACGUCAGACCGUUUGUGAGUUGUUCCCUUAUAGACCGUUAGAAAAAAGUGAAUUAUCCGUUAUCACCAUUAAUUUGAAACCCGAUAGGAAACAAGUUAGAACUAAUAGGGAAAUGGAAACUGAGAGGAUGGCUCAAAUGUUCCUUAUUACCGCAAAGAAUAUUUGCUCGAAAUUAAGGAAGAAUGGCUACUGGGCUGACUUUAUAAACCCAUUUUCUGGACGCCCCUAUCUGGUACCCACCAGUUCCAAUGAACUGUAUAAAACCGACGAGAAGUUCAGAUGCUUGGACUUUCAAAUAUUUGAAAUUGAAGAGUGUAAAGUGGUGUCCAAUGAAGGCAGAGUAGAUAAGAGAUUCAUAGGUAGUUUGUUUACAAAUGCCCCCUGCAACAAGCAGCAUUUAAAUACCAUUUUCAUGACCGGAAGCCAGUAGAUGCAAAAGCAACUGUAAAUAUUGUAAUUUAACUUUAAUAAAAUCGUUGAUAAAACA